AUGUGGAGCUGGAGGAUUUGGAGGAGGCGCACGCGAGCUUCACGGAGCUCAACGCAAAAGGGCGACAAGGAGCGCGAGGCCAUUGCGAGCUUCCUGGCUGGUCUGUAUGACCGCAAGGUGGUGACGAGUGCAGCUCUGGAGAGCGCGCUGCAGGACGUGCUCGAGUUCGCCGAGGACAUCGAGAUCGACAUCCCCAAGACGCUCCCGUACUUGAGCGAGAUGGUGGCGCCGUCGGUGGUGGCGGGCAGCAUCACGAUCCCGCAGCUUGUGACGAUGACGGAGCAUCUGCGCUACAACGGCAAGGCCGCCAAGCUCAUCGGAGCGACGCUGGCGGCUGUGGUGUCGUGCGAGGACGAAGCGAAGGUGCAGGAGCUGCUGGCCGCGGAAAGCGUCGACUUCAUGGCGCUGCUGGCCGAGGCGAACCGCAACGAGGAGGCCGUGCAGACCUUCUACCAGGACUACGCGCUGGGGUUCCUCAUGUAA